AUGAAAGAGUUGAUCAAACACCUGGAAGAUUUGAAACUAUUAACAACGGAUGCUCAACUAUACAAGGCUGAUGAAAUAUGGGACAGACUGCUUGUAUUGAUACUGGAGCUGUACAAUCAGAAUCGCAGGUCUACAGAUGCACUGCAGCGCUUACAGAGUAUUGAACUGCAAGAUAUCAUAACCAAGUAUUUGGAGUAUAAUCGACCCAGUUUACAGGUCAAAGUAAUGGAGUUUACUAAAACGCUAAACGCAUGUACAGAGUUGCUCAGUUAUAGACGCUGGAGUGAAGAGAAUGGAUUUGACAUCAAGCCAAUGGUUGAGAUUAUUGUUCACGAGUCCGAUCAAGAAGUGCUCGAAUUGGCAAUUGACCUGUUCUUGGAAGUUUGCCAUAAUAUUGACGAUGAAAAUGCUCAAAACCAUAUUUUGUAA